GCGCGAGCGAGCGAGCGAGCGAGCGAACGCCGGGGAGGGGGCCGGGAGCGAGGGGGCAGCUCGGGAGCAGCCGGAGCGGUAGCGGCGGCGGCGGCGGCGGCGGCGGCGAGGCUCGGCGCCUUCUUCUCUGAAAACCAUGUUUGCCAAAGGCAAAGGCUCGGCGGUGCCCUCGGACGGGCAGGCUCGGGAAAAGUUAGCUUUAUAUGUCUACGAAUAUUUACUGCACGUAGGAGCACAGAAAUCUGCACAGACCUUCUUGUCGGAGAUUCGAUGGGAAAAAAACAUCACGUUGGGAGAACCGCCUGGGUUUUUGCACUCGUGGUGGUGCGUAUUUUGGGACCUUUACUGUGCAGCUCCUGAAAGGCGAGACACUUGUGAACAUUCAAGUGAAGCAAAAGCCUUUCAUGAUUACAGCGCAGCCGCCGCCCCGAGCCCGGUGCUUGGCAACAUUCCCCCCAACGAUGGGAUGCCGGGAGGCCCCAUCCCACCAGGUUUCUUUCAGGGUCCUCCGGGGUCACAGCCCUCGCCGCACGCACAGCCUCCACCUCACAAUCCCAGCAGCAUGAUGGGACCCCACAGUCAGCCUUUUAUGUCACCGCGAUACGCAGGCGGCCCCCGGCCCCCGAUCAGAAUGGGAAACCAGCCUCCGGGAGGAGUUCCUGGGACACAGCCACUGCUGCCCAAUUCCAUGGAUCCCACGCGACAACAAGGGCACCCCAACAUGGGAGGAUCAAUGCAGAGAAUGAACCCUCCCCGAGGCAUGGGGCCUAUGGGGCCCGGCCCACAGAAUUACGGCAGCGGCAUGAGACCACCACCCAACUCCCUUGGCCCCGCCAUGCCCGGGAUUAACAUGGGCCCGGGAGCUGGCAGACCCUGGCCCAAUCCUAACAGUGCUAACUCAAUUCCAUAUUCCUCCUCAUCACCCGGCACCUACGUGGGACCCCCUGGUGGUGGCGGCCCCCCAGGAACACCCAUCAUGCCUAGUCCUGCAGAUUCAACAAAUUCCAGUGACAACAUCUACACAAUGAUUAACCCGGUGCCGCCUGGAGGCAGCCGGUCCAACUUCCCGAUGGGUCCAGGCUCGGACGGCCCGAUGGGGGGCAUGGGUGGCAUGGAGCCACACCACAUGAACGGCUCAUUAGGGUCAGGUGACAUAGAUGGACUUCCAAAAAAUUCUCCUAACAACAUAAGUGGCAUUAGCAAUCCUCCAGGCACCCCUCGAGACGAUGGUGAGCUAGGAGGGAACUUCCUCCACUCCUUCCAGAACGACAAUUAUUCUCCAAGCAUGACGAUGAGUGUGUGAUCCCCCCUCCUCUUCUCUGAGACGCUGAGAGAGCCGGCAUUGCAGGCGGGAAGGUGCCAGAAAUUAUGCAAGAAGUGAGGUGUCAUUACCCAGGAGCUGGGGGAGGGGCAUCUCCUGCUCCCCCCUCAACCCUCCCCCUCCCCUCCCCCAACCUUUCUCAAUUUUAGUUUCAUGCAAUAAAAAGGCCGAACUUUUUAUUCCAUAAAACAUGAAGGACAAAACUCAAAAAUACAUUUCAAGUCAAUGACCAGAAAAAUCCCACCCUUUGCCCUUUCCCAAAAGGACCUUUUAUGUACAUGACACAUUUUUGUUGUUUUUUGUUGGGGGUUUUACCGUUGUUGGGAUUUUUUAAAAUUUGUUUUCAGGGGGGUUUUAGGGGGGAAAAAUUUUUUUAAAUGGAAGCUUCUAGCAAGCCCCCCCCCACCCCAAUCAACCUCUUUGCUUUCUUCUUUAAAAAAAAAAAAAAAAAGAAAAAAAAAAAGCAAAAAACGAAAAACAAAAAACAAAAACCCAAGCCCUGUUGUCUGUCUGUACCCAAGCCCUUCCACCAGGAAAGCUAGUCUAGGUGUGAGAUCUCACCUGUCUUUGUAGCCAUCUAAAAAUAAUAAUAAUAAUUAUAAUAAACUCGGCAGUUUACAAUC